AAUCCGGGCUUGCUCCUGACUGCAGAGUAAAAGUUUGUUCUAUGGGUAGCCCACACUUGUGGCUAAAUUGGCCAGCCCUAAAAUGAAGGUUAAAUUAAUGCAAAACAAGAACAGGGCAGGUGGACUCCCCCAGCCAUAUCCAAUCAGCAGGAGGGAUAGAUUCCACCAUAUCUUUUCUCCUCACUAGUUGGUGCUCAGAUAUGUGAAAGAAAUGUUCAUCCUGCAAAGGAGACAGGAGGAGACACAGGGUCCCUGCUCUGUAGCCCCUGCCUGGGAGUCGGCCCCUUAUCUUCUCUCCCCUUCUGUGGGUGUUCCUGUGUAUAACCACAAGCAGUGGGUGAGUUGUUUCACCAUAUAGUGAGCUCCAUGGUCAGAGUGGAUCAGGGUUCCAGAAAUGCUGUCAUUGUAAAUUAAAGCUGCCAGACGUCUUCCCUCCAUCUGUGCUGCCUCACAGGAUCCUGGGAGUUGAGAGACGCCGGGGGGGCAGCUGUUCUGCUGAUAAGGACAAAUGGAGACUCAGCUCCCUGGAUCCCCAGCUGCUGGGGGAUUACCAGAGUUUCAGUUGGAGAAAAUACAGUUCCAUUCUGGGAAAUAUAAGACAAUGUCUGAAGAUUUUAAAGAGAACAAGGAGGAGAGGAGGAGACUCAGUGCUGCUGGAUACAGACUGGUUCCAUAUGGAUCAGGAAUCACAGAGAUGAACAGGGAGAGGAGAGAAGGGCUUGGUGCAAGGAAGCAGACAGGAAGUGACACAAACAGGAAGUUCCCUACAUGCAAUGGCUUUGUUGCCAGAUCUGCCCACAGUAACCAACCUCCGGUGCUUCAGAAACCUCACGCCCAGGAGAUGAAUUCUGCCCCAAAAGCCCAACAGAACCAAAUGCCCCAACUUUGCACAGUAACUGGGGGGAAGCUGAUUGUAACCCCCAAAUUAACAAAACACACACAGCCUGAUGCUAAGGAAAAGCUACAUGGAAGUCAGAAAAAGAUAAACAUUAUUUCAGGGAAAAACCUAAAGCCAGGAAAGGCCCAAAGCACAAAGCAAACUGUGUUCCCUAAACCAUUUGGGGUUAUAAAUCCGUUUGUCUGUGUUAAGUGCAAGAGAAGGUUCGGCAGCAAUGGGAACCUCCUCAUCCAUCAGCGCAUUCACACAGAGAGACCGUUCUCUUGCACUGAUUGUGGGAAAUGUUUCUCCCACAGAACCAUCCUCCGAGAGCACCGCCGGGCUCAUAUGGGAAAGGGGCCCUUCCCCCACAGCACUGGGGGCAAUAAAAUCCCAUCAGGUAAGGACAACUUUCAGAGGCACCAAGGGGCGAGUGCUAAAGGGAAACCACUUACCUGCACUGAGUGUGGGAAAUCAUUCACAACCAAACCCGAUUUGCGAGUACAUGAACGCACACACACCGGGGAGAAACCUUAUGUUUGUACCCAAUGUGGUAAAGGCUUUUCCCAGAAGGGGAAUCUUAAUAAACAUUCAGUUAUUCAUUCUACAGAGAAACCUUUUACCUGCACUGAGUGUGGGAAAGGAUUUAUAACAAAACAGCGGCUGCUUGAGCACUUCCUGAUUCACACAGGAGAGAAACCAUUUGCCUGUCCAGAAUGUGGGAAAUGUUUCCGACUAAAGGAGUUUCUUACAAGGCACCUUCUGACUCACACUGGAUUAAAGCCAUAUACCUGUACUGAAUGUGGGAAAAGUUUUUCUCAAAGGGGAAAUUUUUAUCGACAUUGUCAUCUUCACACUGGGAAUAAGCCCUAUUCCUGUACAGAGUGUGGAAACUGUUUUGCAACAAAGAUUGAACUGCAAAGGCACCGCCUCGUACACACUGGGGAGAAACCAUUUGUCUGUACAGAGUGUAAUUCAAGCUUUGCAAGGUUAGCAAACCUUAGAUCACACCAACAGCUUCAUACAGGAGAGAAACCAUAUAAAUGCACUGAGUGUGGGAAAUGUUUCCGUAUGACAAGCCAUCUAGAAUCUCAUAAGAAGACUCACACUGGGAUUAAGGCUUUUGUCUGUGCAGAGUGUGGGAAACAGUUCACUCACAAAAACAGCCUCCGCCAACACCAGCUGAUUCACACCGGUGAGAAACCAUUUGUCUGCAAUGAGUGUGGGAAAAGCUACAGGCAGAAGAGGAGCCUAAAUGCUCAUCUGCGAAUUCACACAGGAGAGAAACCCUUUGCCUGCACAGAGUGCAAUAAAACCUUCCGAUCAAUAAGUUGGCUUCAAUCCCACAAACAGACUCACACUGGCCUGAAGCCCUAUCAGUGUAAUGAGUGUGGCAAAUCCUUCUUAAUGAAGGCAAAUCUUAAGGUUCAUCAGCAGCGACAUACAGGAGAGAAACCUUAUACCUGUGCCGAAUGUGGGAAAAGUUUUACCACAAAGGGAAGCUUACACCAACACGGUCACACUCACACUGGGAUAAAGCCAUACGCCUGUACAGAGUGCGGGAAAUGUUUUGGAAAAAAGAGUGAACUGAAAUACCACCAAUCUAUCCAUACUGGGGAGAAACCAUUUGAGUGUACAGAGUGUGGGAAACAUUUUGCAUCUCGUUCAAAGCUCAAUAACCAUCAAAAGAUUCAUACAGGGGAGAAACCAUUUCAGUGUACGGAAUGUGGGAAAAGCUUCUGUUAUAGACGGCACCUUACAGCUCAUCAGCGGAUUCACACUGGGAUUAAAGCUUUUGGAUGUACCGAGUGUGGGAAACAGUAUCUGUCUAAGUACAAACUCCAGCAGCACCUGAUGAUUCACACCGGUGAGAAGCCGUUUGUCUGUACUGAGUGUGGGAAAAGCUACACGAGCAAAAGGAACCUAAAUAUUCAUAUGAAUUCUCACACAGGAGAGAAACUUUAAGACGGAACAGUUUGUUCCAAAACAUGAUAUCAGUUUCCACAAAACAUCUCACAAGCUGUGGCCUAACUGGUCCCACAAAUUUUUCCUGGACCCCCACUGGUGACCUGAAAUCAACAAAUAGGUAUUCAACCGCACAGCCCUUAGAUCAGGCUUGAUGCAUCAAUCCUCGCAAGGCACACCGC